AUGCUUUUGACCUACUGCUACAUUAGAAGAUGGCGGAGUCUGAUGGUGGGGAUUUCGCCUCAAAUCGUCCGCAGAACAGGUGAGGAUGACACUAGUGGUGAAAUCAAUAUGGAAAGACUGUAUGUAGACCAAAAGGCAGCCAGAGAUAAAUGUGCAUGUGAUAGGCCUACAUGGAAUUAAACAUUUUAUAAAUGUGAAACAUUGGGCGAGAGGACAUUCGGGUGAAUUUUAAGGAAAUUCCCGAGGAUACUGGCCCUUUUUGCAUGAAUUGUCAUAUCGUUGCAGAUUGAUUCAUUCAUUGUACAUUGUAUCCAUGGUAGGCUACAUUGUAGGUUAAAUAUUGCCAAUGAUAAGGUGUGAGUAAGAAACAAUGUUAGGCUACCAGUUUGGAAUUCUGUCGUAACAUUGUUACAUUCAUAGUUACAGACCCCGCGCCAGGAUAAAGGGAUUUAAGGGGGCAGUUGAAAUCGGCAAGGGGCUACAUUUUUGGUGGGUUCUUGUAUUGGAAUUAUAUUGAAUUGUGCUUACAUCAAGUUAUACCACAAUAAACAUAAAGUUCAAAUGCAGAGACUCCGAGAUCAUUGAGUGCUUUUGAAGUGACGGGUUGGCGCGAAAUAUGUAGCCUAUAUCCGCUGAGCUGUAUCAGCAUAAAAUAGGCCUUCUAGCAGUCGUAAGGACAAAGAUUCAGCAGGCAGGCAGGUAGAGGUGCAAAUGAGUGUUGGGUUUAUUUAGACAGCGCUGGUGUUUCAAAGGUGACGGUGAUAUUUACAAAUAUAUAUACAAAGUUCUGACUUACAAAUGUCAGCAUUCAAAAGAAAAAGCCUCUCAUCAGGCAACACCUGUCUUAACCAAUAAAGCACAGGUGUGGUAUACCAGGCUCAGAUACAGCCUCCCCUUGAAUUACCCACAAGUGAACUAUUCUUGGCGCGCAGGCCAGGUAUAUAUACGCACGCUAAAGUGCGCGCAUUCACACAACGUUAAACAUGACGGAGAAACCGGACACAUGCUCUCCAAACAAAGACAAUGAAAGAAAUUGACAGUUAACUGGUAAAUGCAAUUAAAUAAACCAAAAGUUAUGUAUCACAAGUGUUGCGCAGUUUGUGAGCUCUCCAAACAACGUUUCCACUUGGAGAAUGAAAAUGGUAUGAAUGUAUAGGCCUAUUAGGCUAUAUUUAAUGAAUUACACACAUUUCUGUAACCAAACAUUCUAAAUGAAUGGGGGAAUAUGUUUGGAUUAACAGUAACUUCACUGAUUAAUAUAUAUUUCAUGGGGCAUUGAUAAACACUGUCAAACAAUUGACACAUUGAAACAAAUAGUGUGCACGAAUUGGCGGGAGUCAGUGCGCAAUAGUGGAGAGAGACGUGCCUAUAGCGCAUCUUCGCCACACACCCCUCCUCUUAUUCUGGUCUCGACAUUUUAAAUUAUGCUCGAGACACGUUCCUCACACAUAAGCAGUAACCUCAUAAACAUUGUCAGGAUGUAGCAGUGGUCAUUAUUUUUCUCUUCAACUGAAAUCUUACCUUCAGCUGUCGACUAACCUUUUGGCGAUGCAGGAGCACAAACUUCCCCGCAUGGGCCUUUGUUGAAGCAGGUAAGGGAGAAUUCUCUCCAGAACGAUGCACAGUGGACACUGGGGUUGUCUCCAGACCUCCCACUGGGGUUGUCUCCAGACUUCCAUGCCACACCUAAGAACAUUUUGCGGUGCAGUCAUUUUCUCUCCAAGCCCGGGGAAAGGGUCAGAGCACACCCUCUCCUCUCCAGGUUACGGAAAUAGCUCGGUCAUAAUCAGUGUCAGUCAAUGUCGGGAUGAAAACCUCAUACACCCCAUCAUAGGGCAGACAGCAGAGGAGCAGGAAGGAGACAGACAGGCCUCCUGCACGGCAUCCUCACCAGGGCCCGACUGGUAAACUUGACCCCGCCCUUGUAAAUCAAAUAUUACAAGCAGAGGCGUAUCACGUUAUUCACUUAGCCUACCACAGAGAUGAGACGCGUUUUUCCCACUUUUUAUGGAAACCUAAAGGAGUCAUACCUAACUGCCCCAGUGGCUUUCCAUAGCCCCCCUACACACUCCGCGGUGCGCUCUGCCCAUUGUGCUGACGCAGCGCAGCGGAGAUACCGAUUUUUUUUGCGCCAAACUGUCACUCUAUCAUAUGAACUUUAUAGCUAUUUUUAUAUAGGGACAUACAACUAAAACUGAGGGGGCAGAUGUUUACUGAGGGGGCUAAGCCCCCUUUAGCCCCCUCGUGGAUCCGGAUACGCAAGUUUCCUCUAGCAGGUGCAGCAGCGCAACACAUUGCAUAGUCCCUAUUUCUUCAGCAUCAAAUGAAAAAUGUUAUGGCUUACAAAGUUUGAUCCGCCACUUAUUGAUGAUAAUGUAGCCUAUAGCUAGUUGUCCGUUUGAUUUUUCUUUACAAAAAACACACAAAAAUAACACUUUUCAACCAAACCCAAUCAAGUAUUUGUCUCAAAACAGCCAAGCAGUCAUAAUUAUUUGAUUUCAUUAUGUUUAAUUGAUAAACUUGAAACAUAAAACUGACUAGCCUUCUGCCAGUUACCAGUGGCAACACUAAACAUGCACAGUCAGUCAUAUUGUAAGUCACCACAAUAAUUGACACAACAUUUCCCACAUGUAGGCUAUAUAUUGGAUAAAUAUGUAGGCAACUUCAUUCUAUUUAACAAAAUAUAAUGUCUCAACAUAAAUUAUGAUUUACAGUUAUAAUUUCCCCCCAGGUAUCAUAGAUAGGCAGCCUAUACCACUUUUAUCCAUUGACAAAAUAAUAUCCUCACUCAAUAUCUAGUGAGAUUAAAUUGUCCUGAAAGUGGUGAACAAUUAAAGAUAUUCUCUAGUGUUAAAGGGAUAUAUAUUAUCAUUAACACAGACUUUGUGUUUUGAAUACAAAAUAAUGCAUUUAUUCCAAUGUAGCAGCUGAAUAAUUUAAAAGAAAAGGGAGUUGGGAUGAGGGUGAUGAUGCAGUUGUUGGGAAAACGGAUGGACAAAGUGCAGGAGAGCAAGAGCUCAGCACUGUCACUGAUGCUACAACAGGAUCAGUAAACUCUGACAAGCAUCCUAGAAGCUUAAUUGGCAGAAGAUAAGUAGAAAUACUUUUUAAAAUACCCUAUUCUGAUAAACUGACAGUGAUAGGCCUUUUCUCUUCCAGUAUGGCUAACCAGAAUAGCACCCUGCGUUGCACGUUCUCAGCCCCAAGCCAUAGCGCCACUCUCCUGCAGGGCUUGUCGGUCCUGCGAGCCCAGGGGCAGCUCCUGGAUGUGGUGCUGGCCAUCAAUGAGGUGCGCUUCCAGGUUCACAAGGCAGUGCUGGCCUCCUGCAGUGACUACUUCAGGUGAGACUGACGCUAUGUCUCCAAAAUGGCUUCUGCUCCUCGUCUCCUUUCCUUUCACCUGCACUGAUUUGAGAGAACUGGACACUGGAUGUAUUCUCUGACUAUAGUGAUACACUGACCGGUAAAGCGAGACCCAGGUAAAGAGACGUACAAAUCAAAUCAAAUCAUAAUACAGAUGUAGAGGUGAAGGGAAGAGUGUGAUUGUGUUGGUGAAUUAGGCUUUGGUGUGAAAUAAUUGAUUCAUCAAAAGCUGAGUCAGACGAGAGGCAUGGUAGAGAGAAAAUAAGAGGAAUUGGUACAGUAUUUGGAACUGAUAGGGAGGGAUAUAAUAACAUUACAGGUGUACAAUGUGCAAUGUGAAUAUGUUUCAAUGAAUAAUCUGAUGUUCUUGUCCUGAUGUUGCAUGACAAGUAGGGUAGUUGUUCAGUGUCUAAUUUACCUCAGAUUAAUAUGUUGUUUAGAAUGGGGGGAAAUCAAUAAAACAAGUUUAACAUAAAGACAGUUAUUUAAAUGGAUUUCUCACUUGCCUUGCAGAGCCAUGUUCACCGGAGGCAUGAGGGAGUCAAACAAAGACACCAUUGAGCUGAAGGGCUUGUCUGCCCGCGGCCUGAAACACAUCAUUGACUUUGCCUACAGCGCAGACGUCACACUUGACCUGGACUGCAUUCAGGAUGUACUGGGAGCAGCUGUCUUUCUCCAGAUGGUCCCAGUCGUGGAGCUCUGUGAGGAGUUCCUCAAGUCGGCCAUGAGCGUAGAGACCUGCCUGAACAUCGGCCAGAUGGCCACCACCUUCAACCUGUCCUCCCUCAAGGAGUCUGUGGACGCCUUUACCUUCCGCCACUUCCUGCAGAUCGCUGAGGAGGAGGACUUCCUGCACAUUCCCAUGGAGCGCCUGGUCUUCUUCCUGCAGAGCAACAAGCUGAAGAACUGCAGCGAGAUCGACCUGUUCCACGCUGCCAUCCGCUGGCUGCAGCACGACGAGGCCCGCCGGGCCGGAGCCAACAAAGUGCUCUGCCACGUGCGAUUCCCCCUGAUGCGCUCCUCGGAGCUGGUGGACAGCGUGCAGACGGUGGACAUCAUGGUAGAGGAUGUGCUGUGCAGGCAGUACCUCCUGGAGGCCUUCAACUUCCAGAUCCUCCCCUUUCGUCAGCACGAGAUGCAGUCCCCGCGCACCCUGAUCCGCUCUGAAGUGGUUUCGCUCAUUACCUUUGGUGGGACACCCUACACCGACAAUGAUCGCACUGUGAGCAGUAAGGUGUUCUAUCUUCCAGACAUUGCAGCGCGUCAGUUCAAGGAACUAACGGAGACGGAGACCGGUUCCAGCCACGCCUGUGUAUCGGUACUAGACAACUUUGUGUACGUAGUCGGCGGGCAGCACCUGCAGUACCGCAGCGGCGAAGGGGCGGUGGACAUCUGCUUCCGCUAUGACCCGCACCUGAGCCAAUGGCUGCGCAUCCAGCCGAUGCAGGAGGGGCGCAUUCAGUUCCAGCUCAACGUUCUUCAAGGACAACUCUACGCCACUGGGGGGCGCAACCGAUCUGGAAGUCUGUCGUCAGUAGAGUGCUACUGUCCCAAGAAAAACGAGUGGACAUACGUAGAACCACUGAAACGCAGAAUCUGGGGCCAUGCAGGAACUCCCUGUGGCGACAAGCUCUACAUCUCAGGGGGUUACGGUGUCUCGGUGGACGAUAAGAAAACCCUGCACUGUUAUGAUCCCACAUCUGACCAAUGGGACUUCAAAUCGCCCAUGAACGAGCCCAGAGUGCUUCAUGCUAUGAUCAGCGCCAAAGAUCGUGUUUACUGCCUGGGCGGUCGCAUGGACCACGUGGAUCGCUGCUUUGACGUCCUGGCGGUUGAGUAUUAUAUCCCCGAGAAUGACCAGUGGACCACUGUUAGCCCCAUGCGAGCAGGGCAAUCAGAGGCAGGCUGCUGCUUGUUGGAUAAAAAUAUCUAUAUCGUUGGAGGGUACAAUUGGCAUCUAAACAAUGUCACAAGCAUCGUGCAAGUGUACAACACAGAGACUGAUGAGUGGGAGAGGGAUUUGCACUUCCCUGAGUCUUUUGCAGGAAUUGCGUGUACGCCGAUCAUACUUCCACAAACCACCACGCAACGGUAA